UAUAUAUACCCGCACGCUUCUGGCAAUAAAUGGGAUAAAGAGGUUAUGGGCAGGGUCAUGGUGGGUAUCCGAAGCGAGGCAACAUUAACUUCUUCCUGGAGAAAUCGAGUGACGCGCGGAUAGCCGUUAGUGGUCUCUUGUUUCUUGAUGUUGUUGUAGGGAGGCUGUCCCUUCCAGGGAUAGUCCUGGAGGAGAGAGUUGUAGUUAUAAGAAGGCGUGCAAGUCUGCUGCCGGAGCUGUCGUUGAACGACUGCAGUCGCCCGUGGUAGCUACGAUGACCGUCCGACAUGGUACACGGACGGUGGUUUGCCGGUGGAGGUUACCUUUGUUUAUCAUUGACUUCCUAGUCCUGGGUGGCUUUGUGGCUGCCGUUCAUGGGUAUGACCCCUUUGACGACGACAAGCGACAAGAUCUGGUGCCCUUCCCUCGCAUGGGCCGCAUGUACACAUGGGCGGACAAGCGUCAGGGCUUGGUACCUUUCCCACGAGUGGGCCGAUCGGUGUCCGACGUAAAACGGCAGGGUCUCAUUCCCUUCCCACGUGUUGGACGAUCAGUCUCCGAGUCGUCUGACGCCUACUGGGGAGACACCGGCGCUACGGCCGACAAUGACAUCACAGAAUCGCCCUACACUGACUGGGGCAUCCUGGUAAUGCCGUACAAAAGACGUUCUAGCACCUUCACUCCACGUAUUGGACGCAAACGAAGGUCGAUCAACCAAGGUGACAUCAACGUUGCCAAAGACCAGGAUGAUAGAGAGAUGUCAAAACCUUUCUGGACGGACACUGGUUACUCCUACCAGAGGGAUUCCAGACAGAUCAUCCCACUACCCAGGAUAGGACGGGCAUUUGUGCCCAGAUUAGGCAAACGACAAGAUGAUUACCUCGAUGACAUGGGAACAGACGAAUUUGACGGCCAGAGAUUCUACACCCCACGUAUCGGUCGAGCCUUUACACCAAGGAUAGGUCGGGCAUUUACACCACGCAUUGGCCGGGCGUUCACGCCGAGAAUCGGUAGAACGCCGUUCACGCCGAGAAUAGGUCGUCGUGACGACAAGACAGCCGUCGAGUCCUCUUCCGACGAUGACAAGUCGUCGUCAUCUUCUGCAGCUAAAGGCAUGUGAAGACCGUCCGUCUACCGUAGGAGGCAUUUCCUGAAGAAGGACGUUCGAGCCCACCCCCUUCACGCGAUACAUGCAGUGCCGUGCUCGCGGAGUGGGAAGAAUAAUAUUCGUGUCACACGCAUUGUAAUACAUUAAAGGCAGGCCCAGAAGCCGAACAGAUUGAAGAUGAUGCAAACGGCGAAUAAAAGUAUUUUUUGCAUCCUAUA